AUGAUGGCAGCGACCCCUCCAUUUUUACCGGCUGUCCCAGCGGCGGCCUGCUCUUCAUUGCUCGCCCCACCGAGACCGCGCAGGCAAAGCAUUAUGGAGAAGGUCGGGGGGGGCCAUCAAGUUUAUUCGCAAAGUAAUCUUCCCGUGCAAGUGCAACAGCAUCAGUUACCGGGGUAUCCAAUUAUAACGUCCACUGGAAACUUCGUAGCCACUUCUUGUUCCUCGCGGCCAACCAGUCAACGGUCUAUCUUGCAACGUAGCCAACUUUCCAGUCACAGCAACCUGGAGGCGGUCCUCGAGGGUGGAGCAGAUGAUCCUUUUGCGGCUCCGAGAAUAGAUUCUGCUGCAUCUUCUGUUCCCAUUAAUAUUUCUGCGGAAAAUAAAACGAGUGUCGGCCUAGUACAUGAAGACCGACCAAGCUCCACGGUGACCAACGCGGCGGCUGGUGCAACCACUCGCCAGAGUGCUGUUCAUAUUAAACCUCCAGCUGUUUCAACACAGCUCCGCGGGACGACAACGACCUCCUCGACUGCAUCUACAACUCUUGCUGGAGGAUCAACACAGCAUGAAAUCAAUAGGGACGCCGAGACGUCCCGCAGCGAGGCCCUGCAACAGCGCACCCUGUUGCUCCUGCAGCGCCGGCAGAGCAGCAUGGGCAUGCAGAUCCUGCAGAACGCCUCCUCCAAUCAAGGUGCUGCAUCAGCUGCGGCCAGUAAUCUCGCGCCAUCAGGCUCAGGCGUGAUCAACCACGUAGCAGGCCAGACUGCCCCGAAGAUGAACAACACGCUAUUCCAUCAGCGGCGGGCGAGCACGGCAGCUGCACUCGUUGUCCCGAGAGCCGCGAUCUUAAACGCUGCGAACGCCGGCUGUAUGGGCACGACACCAAACGUUAAUCGUCGCGCGAGUUCCACUGGGCUAAUACAACAACACAUGAUCAUGGCACCUAGUACAACAACUUCUCGCGGAGCACCAGGCGCCCCCACCAGCAUAGUUAAACCAGUACUAUCCCAAUCACGACCAGAUGUUGUGGGUGAAGGGGCGAUUCUUUUUCAAGGCCGACGUGCCAGCAGUACUUCUGGGUACAUCUUCAGCGGUGGUCGACGUCCUGCAGCCGGGCCAGGUUGUUCUGGUGCGACUUCAAGUUCUUGCGGCGAGGCCCGCGAGGAACUACGUGAUGUUGAUAACAAGAACUACGCUCUUGCCCCAAAAAGCGGCACAACAAUCGCCGCCGAAGAUGAAGAUGAAGACAAAAUGACAUCACGCAGCAAAAAUCAUGUUAGCGAGCGAGGACGGAAACCUACCUCGACAUUAGUUUCGAGUCAGCGGCAUUCUCUAGCCGCGACCGGCAGGAGCUCCUGUCGGGGCACGAGCAGGCGAGGCUCCCUUACGCCGGUGAUUGUAAACGGCGACGCAAGUAGUUCUUGUAAUUCCCCCGUGCUCGUCGGGGGGACGGGCACGGCAGCAGGCGGUCCGGUUUUAUUAACGGAAGCUGCUGCACUUGAGCAAGAAGAUGCUCCAAAGCUGUAUGAUAAUUACCCCGCUCAUGUUAUCCUGAGUAAAAACGUACCCACACCAGAGUCAAAAUGAGGAUUUUGCAACACAAACCUAGGAGUUUUAGGAGUCACGCAUGACAGGUUGCGCUAUGCAGUGUAGUGCAGGUUAGCAAGUGCAGCCGCGUCACAGAUUCAUCUGCUCAUCCUGUGUACAGCAUCACAAAUGUCAAAACACGACUGGAAAUGCCUCUCAUGCAGAUGCGCAUUACAAAUGUUCCUGUCAUUGCAAAUCUGCAUGACAACUCUGGUGUGGGUACGUUUUUACUUAGGAUACAUGUUGAUACUCACGCGUCUGCAACAGCGUCGCCGGUGGGUUUGCACCCGGAGCUGCUUGCGCAGAUGCAAAAUCAGCCGAAGUAUCAAAUGUAAAACAAAGUGUCUGGGUCUGGAAGAGCGCACGUUUGUCAUGCUUGUCUGGCAUGACUCUGAAAUCUGUCAUGCACGUUAAGUACCCAAGAGCGCUAUUUUUCUGUCAUGCAGAAACGCAGUUUGUCGUGCAGAAUAGGCAACACCUAGAAGCUCAGAAACCUGUCAUGCUGAGCCAGCACUUGUGGCCUCCUCAUGAUACGCCACCCAGCAUCACAAGUUUCCAGAGCCAGACACUUUUACACUUUAUACGAAGGACCGGGUGUCGAAACUCUCGGAACUGGUGGGAGCUGCGGCCGCAAAAAACUCGGCCGUCAAGGACCCGAGGACCAGCACGAAGGAAGGAGGUACAACUGUGCGGCGUGCUGUCGAGGAGGAGGACCUGACGAGUCGCGGCGACGAGACUGGCAAUGACACCACGUCGGACGAAGAGCUCCUGCAUCAUGGGUGUGAAGCAGUGGUGGAGCAGGAACAAAUGGUGGCGCAGGUGGGCGGGAGAAAUUAUCAAAGCCAAAUAAUUGAUCUGGACCAGAAAAUGAAGAGUUAUGGAAAGAACCAAUCGGAGCUGCUCUCCUGCGAAGUUGUAGACAAUGCACUGCAGCAGCAGCGGCAGGAGCAGUCACGGUUGCAACUAGAAGUAGAGCAGCACAAUUUUCAUCGCGUUGAUCGGUCACAUCAAGAAUUUGAUUUCUCGUCGCAAAACGAAUUUGACGUGGUGGAAAGCGCGGCCCUCGAGGGGGCAGAUGACAACUCAUAUGCAUUGCAGGAGCAUCUUCGUACUUACCGAUAAAGAUAAUUUCCCGAGAAACUACAGUAAAUUUGAAUUUACGGUCUCGUAUUUUUAAGAUUUAAAAGAAAGCUUGUAGUGCUGGCGGAGCUAAAACAGACUGAAAAAAGUAAAGGAGAUUCUUGCAAUCGGUACGAGUGCGAUGCUUGUUUUGAAGAUGACACCCGAACGGAGGAGGCAAUAGCGGUGACGUAUGAGGUAUAUGUGGAAAUCCAGGAAAAAAUCAUCUUGGUGGUGUCCAAAUUUCGCACGUUCGAAACCGAUUACAACAUCUUCCAGUGUGGACUGAUGACCUUCGUGGUUGGGUUUCUGGUCAACUUCGUUUUUUUCGAGAUGAGCAUCUUAUUCUACACAAAAAUACAACUACUACACCCAUUCAUUACAAUAGUACGAGGGAAAAAAUGAAAUUUACUGUGUUGCGGGUAGUUCUUUAUGGUGUCGUAAGUUUUCGCAGCUCAGCAUUGCAAACAUUUUCGGCACCCGCACCUCUCUAUACUGUAAUCUCUCUGGAACGCAUUAUAAGCUGUGCAUGUCCUCUGGUGGAAGAUGAAACUGAAGGAAAAUUUGCCCUGCUCUUCUCGUGGUCUUUCAUCUUGCAUUUUUACAAGGUUAUAAUUUCCAGUAGGGCCAAUUAAUUUAGCAAGAUAAUUUUCUCUCUGCUAUGGCUAUGGGCGUAGUUGUAGUUCUUCUCUGUGGGAUACAUGUUGGGUCCAGCAGAGGACGAGGACGCGGAGGGUAGUCGUGACAGCGCUGCGUGUGAGCAGGUUGUGCCGUUGUACGGGAUUCUAUCCAUCGCAAAAGUACGAUAAUCGCAGUAGUACAACGUAGCAAUUUUUACGCAGCAUUUUUAUAGAACAUCAAACCAGAAGUGCAAGAACAAUAAAUUCUUUUGAUUGCAGAAGGAAAAGUGCGAUAGUACUUUUGCUGCAUCGGGGAUAAAUUCUUUUGCUGUUCAACUUGGUCCUGUUUCUCGACAUUUUGUGGCUGAAGGAGAUGGCCGGCAUCUACUAUCACAGGGAAAAGUGUUAACGUCGACGGAAUUUGUGCUGCAGAAAUGCAUCACAAAAGGUGCCCAGAUUUGUCAUGCUUGGCAUGGGUAUUAGGCAAAAAUUGUGAUGCGUAUCUGCAUUCGGUGAAAACGUUAACACUUUUUUGUUUGAUAUCUACGAGUCGUUUCUCAUAGAGCGGGUGCAGACCACCUGCCUGGACUCCAUUGCCAUAUGGAAGCGUCAGGAUUGAAAUCGUCACAGUUGAAAUAAUUUCUCAUGCAUGGACUGCAAGACAUGAAGCGCCUCUCUUGCAGGGAUGGCAAGUGAGGCAGAUUGUGAGCCUAUUUAGGUUUUGGAAUAGAGCUGCUAAAAGAGCAUGACAAAAGCAGCCUUCUGUGCCAAGACAGCAUGACAAAUUGGAUUCCGCUGCUCCGAAAAUUUGUCAUGCGCCGCUUGGAAAUUGGGCUUCCAACUGGUAUCCAUUUUAUGCAUGACAAAUCAUUUCAACUUUGUCGAUUUCAAACCUGACGCUUCCAUAUGCCAAGCUGUCCGUGUACCUGUUCAACGACGCGCAGGCCCUGAACCUGAACCUCGCGACCCAGCAGCACUCGAUGUGCAUCCGGCUUUUUGGGCAGCCGAUCACCUACGCACUGCUGUGGAAGGCGGUGUCCCUGGUGGUGCUCAACCUGAUGAUGACCCUCAUGGUGCCGCUGCUGCUCAGCAACAGGUCGUAGCAGGGACUACAACUUCUCAACAGGCAUACUGAAUGAUCUUCAUUGUUUUUACAUCGCACUUCUGGAAAUCAUAAUCAAUCUAGUAUUUCUAUUUCAUUUUCUAUCUAGAUACUUUUAUCUAUUGUGCAUAGUGACUGAUGGCGUGCACCUUUUAUCUUGCUUUGAGUUUGCACCAACAUCGUGGUCCUCCGUUUUGGUUGAUCAUCGGCAUAGGAAGCAAAUUGCUUUGCGUACGAAAAAAGCUUCCUAGAAGUGAGUAGUUGUCUAUGAUUGAACAAGCGAAAGUGAAAUGCAAGCGUACGGAUUGUGAUUGUCCUCUACCGCUACGUUUUUUUUUCUUAAAAAUAAAAUGCAACUCUGGUGUUACUAGUUUUUCAAGGAUAAUGGUAUUCUCCUAUUCGUACUACCAUUCCAGGUACGAAUGUAGCACGUCGCUCUCCCCGCGUUGAUAUCAGUCUCGAAGCAACUUCUUUUUAGGUCAUGAUUACGACUAGAAAUAAAUAAAAAACCGGUCAUGAUGAAAAUGUCACCAUUUUUGAAGGCGAUGCUAAAAACCAUAUUUCCAAUUUCUCCGGUUGCAAGCUGCGUACCGAGUUUAUUUUUGUCUUACUUAUUGCCUGCAGAAAUAGAAACUUCAUCAUCCGUCAUCAUGAAAUUGGAGCUCCGCCAUAGCAUAGUUUCUUCCCGUGCAUCUUCCGUAAAAUGUCAGUGCAAAGAAGGAGAAAAGAUUAUACGUACUCUCUGUUUUUAUCAUGAUCCGGGCGGAAAGGCAGUUUGCUCCGUUGUGCAGCAGUGAAUUUAAGAAGAUGGAGUCGCCUGAAGCUACAUUUCCAUUUACAUAGUUCAUCUGUAAAUAACACAUAAUACGAUGGGUAUGAUGUGCUACGUAUUUUACUAAAACUAGCAAAGAAACUCUUUCAAAGAGACAGUCAUAUCACAUAUUCGAAAAGGUAAAGCGAGGCAAAUAUCAUACCAAGCAAUUGUUGAACAAACAACUUGUUGAUAAGGCGGUGUGAAUCACCCAUGAUCAUGAAAUAGAAUGAACAUGGCCUGUCGACGUUUCUGGAAUUUCAGUUCACAUCAAUUCUGAAAAAAUGAUGGAUCAGAAUUACUAUCUAUUAUAUUCAUGCGAAAAAAGAGGUCUACAGAGGGU